GGUUUCAUUGAUGUCUUACUGAGAAAGGAGAAACAUUGAGAUAAACUUUAUACAACGUAAAGAAAAACAAUGUUGGGUGUCUUUGUUUUCAGUGUAUUAUUAAACAUGGCAAUGUCAGGUGUCAUAGAAAAUCCUGUAUCACUGAUGUGUCUAAAUUGCAUGUGUAAGGUAGCAACAACCUCCUGUACUGACGUAGGCUGUAACCAUGACCGCGAGGGAAUUGCGUGCGGAUAUUACCAAAUCCAUUAUGGUUACUAUAUUGAUUGCUACAAACCAGUACCAGAAAGUGGCUGUAGAGGCCUCUCAGAACAAGAAUGCUGGAUGAAAUGUUCCAGAGAUAAACCCUGUGCAGAAAGGUGUAUCCAGUCUUACAUGUUACGGUACAGAAACAAGAACGGAGCUGGAUCAGAUUGUGAGAGCUACGUGAGACUACAUGCCGGCGGACCAUAUGGUGCAGCAAAAUGGAACCAGGCCUGGUACAAUCGAACAAGUUAUUAUUGGAACUAUGCGAGAGCUUACGGGUGCGUCUGGAAUUCAUAGAUCGAGUUUGGAAGAGUGGUCUUUUUGUCGAGAUUGAAAAUGAUAUCUUCUAAUUGUUGACUUUGUAUAAAUCUAC